AUAUAAGUUCCUCCGUGCCGUGGCCCUCCCUUUCCAUCCCGCCGGUUCCCAAACCCUAGGUGGUCGAUCGCGCGGUUGAGCGGCGAAGAUGACUUUCAAGCGUAGGAACGGUGGACGCAACAAGCAUGGCCGCGGCCACGUUAACUUCAUCCGAUGCUCUAACUGCGGCAAGUGCUGCCCCAAGGACAAGGCAAUUAAGAGGUUUCUUGUGAGGAACAUCGUGGAGCAGGCAGCCGUAAGGGAUGUGCAGGAGGCCUGUGCUUAUGAUGGUUACACUCUUCCGAAGUUGUAUAUCAAGAUGCAAUACUGCGUCUCUUGUGCAAUUCACUCGAAGGUUGUCAGGGUGAGGUCUCGUACUGACAGGCGGAACCGUGAGCCACCGCCGCGAUUCAGGCGCCGGGAUGAUCUGGCAAGGCCCGGGCAAGGACCUCGUCCGGCUGGUGUUGGAAACCCUCCCCCCCGUCCAUGAGUGCAAUGGUUUUCUGAUGAAAAAAAUCAUUAUUAGAGCCUACCGAGGGUUUAGGAUGUGCGAACAGUUUCCAUUUAAAUGUUCACUAGACAAAUGGUCUUUUCUGCUGCUGAAUUAAUGUUACUUUUUGAUGGUUGAUGAAAUGCCUUGUGCUAUGUGUUCCCUUUUUAAACGAUUUCGUUGAAACGUUGAAUUAGUAUUAUAAUUUGGUUGGUACCCUGUCUUUUUC